AGAUAUUGGCUCGAAUUACACGAGCCCGGGCUUUCAAAAUCUUUCAAAUGGGCGUUGUAGGGAAGAUUUGGGACGUGGUCUCUUGCCAGAGACGCAGAGCCCAGUCCGACAAAGACACCGCACAAACAGUGCCACAGGCUGCCGAAGGAAAAUCGUCAACUGUGGAAGCGCAAGCUGUGGCCAAAGCUCUUAAGGAGAAAGGCAACGAACUUUUUAAAAAGCAUGAAUUGGAAGAAGCGCUUUUCACCUACACCAAAGCAGCUGAAGCCUACAACUAUGACGCCAGCAUUUGGUUGAAUCGAUCGAUUUGCAACAGGAAACUGGAGAAUUGGGAAGAUGCGGCAACUGAUGCAGAAAUUGCCCAAGAACUAGAUCCCAGCAAUGUCAAAGCCUACUACAACAGAGCAAUGGCCCUACAGCUUGGAAGCAAACUUGAAGAGGGACUGAAAGUGUGCAAGAAAGGCUUGGAAGUCCAAUCGGAUAACAAGGCUUUACAACAGCUUAAGGCAGAUUUGCAAAAAAGCAUCAAGGAGGAGCAAGCUGCAUGUCCUGGAGAAAUUGCAUCAGCUGCUACUGUCAAUGAGACUUCAGUGCAAGAUGCAGUCCAACGGCCUCAAACUGGACCUGAUGGCGAGUACCUGUGGCAAAAGGAAAAGCCAAGCGAAAGGGAGCGAGAGGGAUACAAGCAGGCCAUGCUUGACAUGUUCCGAUCAAAGUACGAAGAGCUGAAGCAGCGUGCUGAAGCGGCAAAAUCUAAGCGAUCAACCCUGCAGACAGACCACUAUGAGGACAAUCAAAAGCAAGGGCUCAUUUUGUCUGGAGGUCAUAGACCUAUGGACAGGCCAGAGAAUGUAGAUCUACCAUCCAAGUACCAAGAACCUGUCGGGCUUUUAUCACCAUCAGAGCUGGAGGAGUAUGGCUGCGACAACAGAGAUCGGAGAUACUUGCUGUCAGUCUAUGGCAAUAUAUUUGAUGUCUCCGACCGUCCCGACAAGUAUGACCCGGAUGGUCCCUAUGCGAGCUUGACCGGAAAGGAUUUGACCUGGGGCUUGUUUGCCGGCGUCGACACUGUGGAGUACACCAACAAGUUUUAUGACCUUUUCAAAGCACGAGACAUGGGAAAGGACAAACUUAUUGGUGUUUGCAGUUGGCUUGCUUGGUAUGAAACCGAGUAUGGAAAGCCUGUUGGCAAGCUGGAGCCAUGGCAACGGGAGGCUGAACUGCCGGCCCCGCCACUGGAAGAAAUUGAGGAGGCGUGUGUGGUCAUGUGAGUGAAGCAUGUGGCCCAAGCUUCAGGACCUUUCGGUUGCAACUUUUGGGAUUGAAUGACCUGAAGGAAAGACCGCUGCAGAGCUUCAAGGUGGAUGGGAACACCGCAAGGUGAUUUCUCGAUGUACAAAGAUCAAAGACACUUGUGACCGUUGCCACCCUGGUUCCCAAGAUGGUGUACCAGGCGCGCUGAGGUUCGGAAUCCUACA